UGUCAACUCAGCUGCGGAGAACAAAGUCACAAGAGUGAAAGCCGUUGCAGGGGCACUGACAGAUUUUGGAGACUGCUGUGGCACUCGUAACUCAGGGCCGCCAUGAGCAACUGCUCCUUCGAGGCUGUGGACAGCCUGAUGGUGUCUCUGCAGCUGGUCAUCUACAUCCCCAUCUUCAUCUUCGGGCUGGUCCUGAACACGGCGGCCCUGGUGGUCUUCUGCUUCGUCCUGAGGAAGUGGACCGAGUCCAGCAUCUACAUGACCAACCUGGUGCUGAUGGACCUGCUGAUCCUCUUCCCCUUGCCCUUCAAGAUGCACGCCACCCGGCACCGCUGGGCCCCGGACAAGCGGCCCUUCUGCUCCUUCCUGGAGAGCCUGUACUUCGUCAGCGUGUACGGCAGCAUCUACACCAUCGUGGGCAUCGCCGUGGACCGCUACGUCGCCAUCCGGCACCCGUUCCGCGCCAAGCAGCUGCGGUCCCCCCGGGCGGCGCUGCUCACCUGCGCGCUGAUCUGGGCGCUGGUGCUGGGAGCCAGCGCGCCCGUGCACAGCUUCCACAGCCAGGAGGACGGCGACUUCCGCUGCUUCCACGGGUUCUCCCGGGCGGGCUGGAGCCCGCCGCUCAUCGCCUGCCUGCAGGUGCUGGGCUUCCUGGGCCCGGCGCUGGUUCUGGUGGUCUGCUCCGCGCUGGUCAUCCGCACGCUGCACCGGUCCAUGCGCCCCGAUCACCCGCACUCCGAGCAGAGCCACGCCCGGAGCCAGGCCUGCGCCCGCAUCAUCUACAGCAACCUGUGCAUCUUCCUGGUGCCCUUCACGCCCUGCCACCUGGCCAUCUUCCUGCAGUUCCUGGUGCGGAACGACGUCAUCACGGACUGCCGCCAGCAGAACAACAUCAGCCUCUUUGUGCAGGUGGCCAUGAGCCUGUCCAACAUCACCUGCUGCCUGGACGCUUGCUGCUACUACUUCAUCACCCGGGAGAUCCACGCAAGCGGGGACAGCCCCGGGCCGUCCUGCACUCAACGCGGGGUCUCCAGCACCUCUGAACUGUGACUCCGCUGGUCCCCUGAACCUGCUCUUUAACCUCCACACAUCAUGCAAUGCUGCAAAAAAACAAAAACAAAACUGUGCAGUCCCUGGUGACUACUGUGGCAAUGUUAAAGCGUCAUUUGUUCACACGGAGAGUGGUUGCUGUGUGAAAUAGUUUACCAGGUGAUGUUGUAGACACACACACUCUGGGGGACUAGUCUUGAUACAGUGCUAGACACUGUUCAUUAGGAAAACGGUGAGCACUACCCUUCAGUUGUAGGAAAUGGCAAGCAUUAUUGGACUGAAUGUUAUGUUAUGUUAUGUUAUGUCAUAUCAUGGUAACUGAACUGAAAACAGGAGCGUGGUCCUCCAAGAGGCUUGGGACUGCUUGCAGAACUUCACUUGUGCAUUCAGCACACCAGCCAGCCACUAUCAGGCAUCUCUCAGAUUCAAAUCACACCGGGACUCUCUGAGGUGGAUUAGCAGACCAGCGCCGACGUCUAGGUGAUUUCCUCCCUUUUCCGGAGAGAAAACCACACACGCACUCGCUUGAGAAAAGAGCAAUGCAAUGCACUAUCGGGUGAAGUUCAGUGCAUCACCCACGUUGAACAUUUGUUGAGCACAAAUGCAUGCCCGUUAGAAGAAUCGAAACUUUACACGGCACUUUAAGGUUUGAUUUGAAGUGUGAGCGGGGCUGUAGAUAAGAGAGCGCAAUGACAGUACUUGACUCUCUGUAUACCAUGACUUGUCUUGACUUGACUCUCUGUAUACCAUGACUUGUCUUGACUUGACUCUCUGUAUACCGUGGUCCCAUAGCAUAAUUAUCUGUGAGUUUGAGUCACAUUGCAGCAUUCACAUAUGCUCUAUUCCAAAGUUACUUACAUUGAUUACAUUUUUUAAAUCCACCCUCUUUCAACCUUACAGGCCUCUUGUGCUUUUGACGUAUCACUGCCCCCUUGUGGCAGAUAUGGUAUUGGAUUAUUGCAUUAUUGUAUUAACCGAAAUUCUCUGAGAAUUGACAAUGACUCCAAAAUCAUCAAAAUCCACAUGGAAGUGCUUAAGUACAAACAGUAUCCAUGUUCUGCAAUGCCCAUCUCAGUCUCCAGACUUAAAUCCCCUAAAGAACCUGUGGUCUGAACUGAAGACCUGGGGGUAUCCCAUGGAUUUCAAUGAUUCUGAAAAGUUCUGCAUGGAGGAAUGGUGAAAAAUCUCUCCAAAUGUGUUUUCUCACCUUAACACAAAGUAUUGGAAAAGACACAUGCCUGUCAUCUUUGCCAGGAAGUAUUAAACCAGAGGUGCCAAUCACUGUGGGACCUGUUUCUUGGGGAAAUAUUUAUUUAUUUGAAAAAUGUAAGGGAAAUACUGCUUGGUUUGAUUAAACUGAAGUUUGGAAGGAGAGAGAAA